AUGCUGGCUCACGAUGUUCCUGACGUCGUUGAGGAGUACGAGACCAGUAAGAGGUCGGCGAACGCGACCGACGCUGCUGACUCCUUCCACGAUCCCGCGAACCGUAACGUGCGUGAAUUGGCGAUCGACGACGAUCUCCCGAGCGACUCCGACGUCUUCUACGAGGCUCGGGAGCAUUUGGAUACCUUGACGGUCGAGAGCGACUACGAGAACGACCUCGGUGGUCGUAAGACAAACGAUCUCGACUACGUGAACGCCUCCAUUGAUCGACAGGGCGUUCCCUCAUGUGACGCAACGCAGAUACUCGGAGCUCUAUGA